AUGGCGGAAAGAGUAUUUAAAUUGACGGUAGUUCGUCAUGGAGAGACUGAAGCCAAUAGUCGAGGCAUCAUACAAGGGCACACAGAUUGUCCGUUGUCUAAUAUAGGACGCCAACAAGCUGAUUUACUCGGGAAAAGAUUAAGUGGCUCGAAAUUUACUCACUUGUUUAGCAGUGACCUGAAACGAGCCAGGCAGACUAUGGACGCUGUGGUUUUAGCAAAUAUCAGCGAUGUCGAAGUAAUUGAAGAUAGGAGGUUAAGAGAAAGGAAUUAUGGAGUGCACGAGGGUAUAACAUUCUCUGAAUUACGAAAAGUUUGCAAACGGAAACAUAUUGGUAUGGAAAAUAUAAAAGACGGUCCAGACGCUGAAGAUACGAAGGAUUUAUAUAGUAGGGCUUUGAUGGAUUUUGCUACUUCAAAUGAAACUUUGCUUCCGAUAGUUGACUGUAAAAAUGAUGUUAAUCAUUCUGAUCAAGUCAUGCAAGUAAACGCAAGUAUCUUAAUAACCACACACGGAGGCCUUAUUCGACAGAUGUUACGUUAUUUUAAUAGUGAGCUCGGCUGUAAUUUAUUAUAUGACGAUAUUAGGAAGUGUUCACCAAACACUGGAGUCUCUACAUUUUUAAUUCGCAUACGCAAUCAUGAUUGCAAAAUACUAGUUCAGCGACUAGAAUUGCAUAGUGAACGUCACCUCAAAGCAUGA